AAAUGCCUUCUACUGAUUCUUACGAUCCCGAAGUUCUUAUAAGAGAUCUCGACGAGAACGCAACGGAAAAUGUCGUUGAUUUUCUUAAUUCACAUUUUAGAGAGUUAGAAGAUCUAGAGAAUUUGAACUCAACUUUGGUUGAGCUGAAAGAAAACGAACAAUCUCAGAACGAAAAGCGCAUUCAAACGCAAGCAAAAACUUCGAAAGUACUUCAGCAAGCACUUGAUUCUUUUAAUGUUACAGUUAAUGAACUUGAAAAUUUACAAGCUACGCGAAUGGAAUUAGAAGAUGCAUUAGCGGAUCAUUGUAGUAUUGUAGUUUCUGAAAAGCCGAUAGAAGAUUCAGAGAACGAAACGCUAAUGAAAAAAUUGGUUAAAUUACAGCAACAAGUUGAUAGUUUGGAAAGAUCUAAGCAAUACCUCAAAGUUUUAGUGGUUGCAGAUGAAUUGAGUACAAAUGCAAAGCAAUUAAUUGAAAAAUCGCCACAAAAAUCUCUUGUACCAUACACACAACUUGCACAUCUAGCGCGUAAUAUCAAAUCUAAUAGUAAGGAAGCAGGUCAUGCAGUUAGUCAUUUAGAUACAUAUUUACAACAAUGCGUUGACACGUUAUGGGAAGAUAUGAAAAAUAGACUGACAAAAAAAUUUAAACAGACACUCGAUGCAUUUAAUUGGCCAACACCAAUUAAAGUUCCUUACCCACCUAAUACGACUGAUAAAUUUUCUGCAUUUAGAAAAGCAUUUACUGAGUUAUUGUUAUUACAACGACCAGCUGACGUUGAAGAAGUGUCAAAACCUUUAGAAUCUAAAAAUUCUAAGGAAGAUAAUGUACUUCUUCCGCCACUUUUGCCAAUGCAGAUAAUGGUUGAGCCUUUGAUAGUCCGGUUCAGGUAUCAUUUUGAUUCCAAAAGACCUACUAAUAGAAUUGAUAAGCCCGAGUGGUAUUUUAGUCAUGUUAUCACUACUAUACGCGAACAUUCGCCAUUCUUGACUGGUGCAGUGCAGGCUAUCGUUGAUGAUGCAGGUUUUGAGAAAUAUCACGCUAAAAAUGAAUUUAUCCGAUGUCUGCUUGUAGCUGUCACCAGAAAAUUAAAUAACAGUGUGCCAACAUUAUUGAAUUCUCCGCAAAUAUUUUCACACACAGUGUUUGAAACAUUACAAUUUGACCAAACUUUACGUGAAUUGCAUAUGUAUACUCCUCCUGGACAAGAUGAAUGGGGGGGAUGUGUUGAGGUGUUUACUGGGAAGAAGGAAUGGUUUAAAGCAUGGUUAAAGGUUGAAAAGACCUUUGCGGAGGCACGUUAUAAUGAAAUUAUGCACUCAGAAGACGUAUGGGAAAUGGUUGAUGAAGAAUUUCCUGAUGACGAAUAUAAGCCAACUAAAUCGGCAGCAAAAUUAAUUAAUCUUUUGGAGCUUGUAACUAGUCGUUAUAAACUAUUGCCCUUGUUUCAUAAUCGGAUUCGUUUUCUAAUUGCCAUACAAGCUGAAUUAUUAGUUGCCUAUUCUAAAAGAAUUGAUUCGGCUGUUGACUCUUUUGGAAAUUUGAGUUAUUCAAUUGUAAGAGCUGUUCCGAAUGUUGCAGCUACAGACAUCACGGGAGUUGAGGGAUUGAAAAGGUUAUGUCGAUGGCUAAGUAGUGCAGGUUUUGUCAGUCGAACAAUCAAAGAAUGGGGUGAGGAUUCGUUUUUUCUUGAACUUUGGCAUGAAGUUACCGUUCGUGCUGCACGCAAUACAGGCAAUACGGGUAAUACGGGUAAUAUAGGCGCAGCCGCACAUAAUACGGGCGCGUCACCUUUACCAUCUCCAACAUCAUCUAUUAGUUCCACAGAACAAGGCCAAGUUACGUCUUCGGUAAAUGUAGACGGAGCAAUUACUGUCGAUGAAGGAACGGUUUUCGAUGAUCCAGCUGAAUUGUUUGAUAAUAUUUGUGAGCGAAUUCAGUCAUUAAUAGUAAAAAACGUUUCCCGAGAAUUUUUUAAUGGAUUGAAAGCAUAUGUCAAAAAAAAUAAUUGGUCAAGGUCCGAUAUAUACAAUAAUGAUUUUACACGCCAACAAAUACCUAAAUUGAAUAAUCAAUCAAAGGAUACUACAUCUCGAUCAACCAUUGAAUUAUCACCAGAGCUUUAUACACCAUUAUCAGAUCUUGCGCAUUCUCUUACAUUCUUGUCUAAUAAUUUACCUGAUCGUAUAUUUAAACAUAUAUAUAAGGAUGUAUCAAAAGAAUUGGAAGAUUAUUUAUGGGAUCGUAUCUUGAUGAAAAAACACUUCUCUGAAAUGGGUGGAUGUCAGUUUGAAGUUGAUAUGGAAAAAGGAUUAUUUACUAUUGGAAAAAGAUGGAUUCGUAAACUCUUCCUGCAAAUCAUUCCAAAAUAGAGAGUAAGUCCGAUGACAAGUCACAACAAAGGACAUUGUCUCAAGUAAUCUCCAUGUUAUCUGAUGAUGAAUUAGAACCUAUAGCGAUUCCUAAAAUGUUAGAGAAUUUUGGAGUAUAUCAUUUAACACCUAAAGAAGCAAUAGAUGUUAUUGAAAGAAGAGUAGAUUCUUGACAACGUUAUUAUUUCAUUGUAAAAAUUUUUUUUAAAAGAUGACUUCUUAAAUUAUAUUAAUUACUAUGAUUAUAGUGAGUUUUAAAAUCAAAAUCGCGCUAAUGCUAUAUUUAUGGUAUGAAAA